AGUUUAGCGUAGCCUGUUUCGCUACGGCGAACUGGCUGGCAUUGUUGUCCUACCCGUACCUAUCGAGUGAUGUUUUAUAAAAGGACUUUCCCUGUUUAUUCGACAAAAGCUGGAAAGUAACCGGGCAUUAUGGAGGAGCCUUGGGACUUUGAGUUUCUGUCCCGUAUCGCCGACGGUUGUUUGUCGUUUCUGUCCGAAUUCGUGGAGGACUGGCUCGCCAACGACAUGAGAGUGUCCAUAUUCAAAAUCCUCCUCAGCUGGUUAAUUUUCAGUCUCCUGGCUAUUCACUUCGCAUGGAAGGUUUACGGGAACACGGUGAACGAUAUGUAUUACCGGCAGGGGAGCGGGCAGAACGGGGGGACAUCUGACAUAACGACUGGCCUGGGCAGAUGGGGGAACACGGCAGGGGAACCAUUCAAGUCUCAUAGGGAUUAGCCGGACUGUUGUGCCAUCGAUAUGGAUUUCUAGGAACUCCCAGGGACCGUGAAUGAACCUUCAAAUUCAGAUUUUUUUUUUUUUUUUUAAAGAAAAAAAGAGUUUGUCAUCAGUUCAUAUAAACUGUACAGUUGACUGGAAAAUAAGAUUGUAAAUACAGAAUUGAUUCUAAAUAUUGUCUGAUUAUUUAACGAGAUGCAGUACCUAGAGUGGACUCACUGGUAUUUUACAGGAAAUUGGGUAAAACUCGAAUUGUCAUUUCCAUUCAUUUCAAUAGGGAAAGUUGAUUUAAAUGUCUCGUUCCAUCAAAAGGUCAAUAGUCACUCAAAAAAUAUUUAACAGUAUAGAAUAAUUGAAUAGGCAUUGAGCUAUUCCAUGCUUUUACCACUUGGAAUAAAAACUGAAAAAAAAAAAAUGCUUAGUAAAGUGAAACAGCG